AUGGCGUCGCAACGACAUCGCACUGGCGAUGGGAGGAGUGAGAGUGCGGAUGCAGGGGAGGUAAGAGCACGGAGCGAGGGCGCGACCGCGUGUUGGGGCGUGGGGCGCGCGCAAGGAGGGGACGGGGCGGGAGACGGGAACGGGCGGGAGAGGGCGAUGGGAAAGGGCGAGGGGGAGCGGCGGGGGAAGGGGCGAGGCGCGAGGGAGGAGCGGGACGGGCGCGGCAGCGGGCGCGGGGCAUCACGGGGGCUGGCGGGGCUGGAGACGGCGGGCGCGCGCGAGUGCGUGGUGCUGGUGGCGGCGGCGGCGUGGAUGGUGGCACGGGUGGCGCUGCGGGGAGUGCUGCCACGCGACACCGUGGCGACUAUGGCGGCUGUGUGGGCCGCCGCUGUGGGCGCUGAGUGCUGCGGGCUGGGCGCAUCCUCGCCGGGGCUGCACCUCGCUGCCAUCACGCCCUCCGCUGCCAUCGCUGCUGUCUGCGCCCUGCACCGCUCUGCAUCGCUCUCCACUGCUCCCUCGCCCUCCCCCUGGCUGCUGCUCCUGCUGCAUGCGUCCCUGGCAUCCGCGCUGGCUGCGCUGGUCGGCACGGCAGCCGCUGCCGGCAGCCCUGCGGUGCGCCGCGCAGCACUCCAGCAGUGGGCAGCCAAGGGAGGGACGGCCGAGGGCAGUGGAGGAGGGGAGGAGGGGGGCAGGAGAGGGCAUGGAGGUGACAGGAAGAGGGGUGGCGGACGCGAGGACGGCUUCACGUGGGGGGGGCCGGGUGCAGCAGUGGUGGCGUUUGAGCAGCGCUUCUUCGGCGCCUGGCUGGCCGCCGGUGCCGCUGCCGUGCUGCUGCUCUCCACCUGCUAUGCUGACGUGGCAUGGCGGAUGGUAGCAGGUGAGGUGCCGGCACGCAUGAGGGAGGGAGAGGUGCAGAUGGAAUGCGAGAGGGAGGGAGAGGUGCAGAUGGAAUGCGAGAGGGAGGGAGAGGUGCAGAUGGAAUGCGAGAGGGAGGGAGAGGUGCAGAUGGAAUGCGAGAGGGAGGGAGAGGUGCAGAUGGAAUGCGAGAGGGAGGGAGAGGUGCAGAUGGAAUGCGAGAGGGAGGGAGAGGUGCAGAUGGAAUGCGAGAGGGAGGGAGAGGUGCAGAUGGAAUGCGAGAGGGAGGGAGAGGUGCAGAUGGAAUGCGAGAGGGAGGGAGAGGUGCAGAUGGAAUGCGAGAGGGAGGGAGAGGUGCAGAUGGAAUGCGAGAGGGAGGGAGAGGUGCAGAUGGAAUGCGAGAGGGAGGGAGAGGUGCAGAUGGAAUGCGAGAGGGAGGGAGAGGUGCAGAUGGAAUGCGAGAGGGAGGGAGAGGUGCAGAUGAAAUGCGAGAGGGAGGGAGAGGUGCAGAUGGAAUGCGAGAGGGAGGGAGAGGUGCAGAUGGAAUGCGAGAGGGAGGGAGAGGUGCCGAUGGAAUGCGAGAGGGAGGGAAAGGUGCAUAUGGAAUGCGAGAGGGAGGGAGAGGUGCAGAUGGAAUGUGAGAGGGAGGGAGAGGUGCAGAUGGAAUGCGAGAGGGAGGGCUGGGGUGGUUUCCCUGGCCUUCCUAACAUGGGCCGACUGUAUCCCUUCUCACCCUCCCUUCUCACCCUCCCUUCUCACACCCCCCUUCUCACCCUCCCUUCUCACCCUCCCUUCUCACCCUCCCUUCUCACCCUCCCUUCUCACCCUCCCUUCUCACCCUCCCUUCUCACCCUCCCUUCUCACCCUCCCUUCUCACCCUCCCUUCUCACCCUCCCUUCUCACCCCCUUCUCACCCUCCCUUCUCACCCUCCCUUCUCACCCUCCCUUCUCACCCUCCCUUCUCACCCUCCCUUCUCACCCUCCCUUCUCACCCUCCCUUCUCACCCUCCCUCCUCACCCUCCCUUCUCACCCUCCCUUCUCACCCUCCCUUCUCACCCUCCCUUCUCACCCUCCCUUCUCACCCUCCCUUCUCACCCUCCCUUCUCACCCUCCCUUCUCACCCUCCCUUCUCACCCUCCCUUCUCACCCUCCCUUCUCACCCUCCCUUCUCACCCGCCCUUCUCACCCUCCCUUCUCACCCUCCCUCCUCACCCUCCCUUCUCACCCUCCCUUCUCACCCUCCCUUCUCACCUCCUUGA